AUGGCUCUUGUCACCGUGGUUCUCAAUGGAGAGACCUACCACGCUUGGUCUCAGGCAGUGCUCAGGUCAAACAAUUCCAUGAUCAUGCUAUGGAUCACCAACUCGACAGAGCAAAGCUUGCAAGGAGCGGCUGCAUAUACACAAACUGCUGCUGUGAUGUGGGAGGAAUUGAAGCAGCAAUUCUCCCAGGGCAAUGCACCAAGAGUACGGCUGAUCAAGGCGGACAUCAGUAAUCUCAAGAAAGGAGGGUGUUCUGUUCUAAGUUAUUUCGCCGAACUGAAGAGGCUGUGCGAUGAACUUGAGGGAUACCUUGAGCCUUCUGUGUGUACCUGCAGAGGAUGUACAUCUGGAGCUGCCAAGAACGCGGCCAGAAACAAGGAAAUCGAAAAGUUGCACAUAGAUUCUGUUUGGGAAGUAAAAGAUUUUUCAACUCUGCUUAAUUUAACUUGCUACUAG